CCCCGCUGCCUCCACAUCCGGCGCGGACCGGCUGUUCCGAGCCCGGGCCUCCAUGGCGCUGUGCGAGCGGGCGGCCAGCGGGAGCUCUCUGAUCUGGCCUCGCGUGCUGCUCUUCGGGGACUCCAUCACGCAGUUUUCUUUCCAGCAGGGUGGAUGGGGCGCAUUGCUGGCCGAUCGACUUGUCAGAAAAUGUGACGUUCUGAAUCGUGGAUUUUCAGGGUACAAUACCAGAUGGGCCAAGAUUAUCCUCCCAAGAUUAAUUAGGAAAGGGAGCGGUACGGACAACCCCGUGGCGGUUACAAUUUUCUUCGGUGCCAAUGACUGUUCACUCAAAGAUGAGAACCCCAAGCAGCACGUGCCCUUGGAGGAGUACCGUGCUAACUUGACAGACAUGGUGCAGUACUUGAGGUCUGUGGACAUCCCCGGGGAGCGGAUCAUUCUCAUCACCCCGCCCCCGCUGUGCGAAGCCGCCUGGGAGAAGGAGUGCGUCCUGAAAGGUUGCAAAUUAAAUCGCCUGAACUCGGUUGCCGGUGAAUAUGCGAAUGCGUGUCUAACAGUAGCCAGAGACUGUGGGACUGAUGUCCUUGACCUGUGGACCCUGAUGCAGAAGGACAAGCAGGACUUCUCAUCUUAUUUAUCAGAUGGCCUGCAUUUAUCACCAAUGGGAAACGAGUUUCUGUUCUUAAACCUCUGGCCGCUGCUGGACAAGAAGGUCUCCUCUCUGCCGUGGCUGCUUCCUUACUGGAAGGAUGUAGAGGAAGCAAAGCCUGAGCUGAGUCUGCUGGGGGACGGAGACCAUUAGUCGGCCUGGGAAACCCUCCCAGGAAGGAGUGGUUCAUGGUGCCACUGGCUGGUAAUUCACAAACAUUUCAAGAAUAACUUCAUGUACAUAACCUCAAGUUGGUAAUUCAGUUGAUUAAACAUUUUUUCAAGAUUAA